AUGAGGCUGAUGGUUGGCUGUGUUCUUAGUGAAGCAAUGACCGAUGACGAGAAAUAUGGUGUUGACUGCAACUUGUUGCGAGGGCUACGUCAAGGGGAUCCUCUGUCUCCUGCUCUGUUUGGUAUUUGCAUGGAAGUUUUAUCUAGAAAGCUACUUAUGCACUCACAACUCAGAAAAGAUGGAAUUGGACUUAAAAUUACCCCGUAUGCCCCUACGAUUCCUUGCUUACUAUUUGCAGAUGAUAGCUUAUUAUUCUGCAAAGCUACAUCAACAUCCUGUGCCACUCUACGAGAUAUUCUCGCAGAUUUUUCAUCCAUGUCAGGACAAUUGAUUAACUUUCAAAAAUCCUCGAUUGUUUUCUCUAAACUAGUUAGCAAUUCCAGAGAACGACAGUUGGCAAGCUUUUUCAAUAUGACACCUAAAUCUUUUCUGGGUCGUUAUUUAGGUGUCCUUUUCACCUCUACGUCCUUUACCAAACAGAAUUUUCAACAUCUAGUAGUAAAAGCAGAGCAAAAAAUGAAUAGUUGGUCCUCUAAUUUGGUUUCUAAGGCUGGAAAAAUAGUGUUAAUUCAAAGCCACUUGGAGGCUCUUCCAUCCUAUGCUAUGACCACUACUUGCCUCCCUAAAACAACUUGUAACUCUUUAGAUCAAAUAAAUCGAAACUUCUUCUGGAAACAAUCCCCAGAAAAGAAAGGUAUUCCUAUGAUAUCAUGGGAUAAGAUUUGUCAACCUAAGAACCAAGGAGGUUUAGGUUUACGUAAAACAGAAGCAGUUAACUCUGCUUUCUUGGUUAAGUUAGGCUGGAAAGUCAUUACUGAUCACAAUAAUCUAUGGGUACGGGAAAUCCAUGCCAAAUACCUACAUCUUACAGUUAAUCACUUUAUCAAUGACGACCGAUCAUGGGAUAUUCGGGCCCUCUCCCUGAUACUUCCACCAAAUGUUGUGCAAACUAUUAAAGGUAUCCCAUUACCAGCAACUGACAUACUAGAUGAACCCUGUUGGGGUUUCUCUAGUAAUGGUGAUUUCACUGUCAAAUCCGCUACAUGGAAGAUAAUCACAUCUAUUUGGAGUCUCUGGAAAACUCGUAACGCUUACGUUUUCAGACAGACCCCUGUGUCAAUAAUAGGAAUCUACACUAGAGCCUUUAGAAUAUUCACGGAAUGGGAUUUGCGCACAUGUCUAGAUUCGUUGAUUGAUCCCACCCAUCACAAGGCUAUUGUGACUCCUUCACGCACCAUACACGUAGCAUGGAUACCUCCUACUCCAGGUGUUUUUAAACUCAAUUUUGAUGAUUCAGUUCGUCACCACUCUGGAACAGCAGGGGUGGUUAUUAGGGACCACCUAGGUAAUAAUGUUAUUAGUAGAUCCUACAAUCUUGGGACUUCGUCUCCUCUCCUUGCCGAAGCUAUGGCUCUUCGUAAUGGCCUUCUACUAGCAAUUGAACAUAAUAUUCAUCAUGUGUUCACAGAAGGUGAUAAUUUAUUGAUAAUUAAUAUCUUACAAGGCCAAGUUCAAUGCCCAUGGAAGAUUCAGGUGCUAAUGAAAUAUGUCAAUCAGCUUUUACAACAUUUUGACACUUCUUACUCUCGCCACAUUUAUCGGGAAGCCAAUCGCGCAACAGACUAUGCUGCCGCAAUAGGUCACAACAUCCAGACUCAUCAAGAUAUUGACCCCUAUGUCCAUAACAAGUUUUGGGGUAACUUCUGGUACAACGUCGAGUCAAAAUCAGUUAAAGAUUAUGUAGAGUUGGAUACAAUCAGGAUACAGAUUGCUGUCUAUUACAGAUACAAGUCAGUUACAGUUAGGGUCUCCGGUCGGAUCAGUUACAGUUAG